CGAGCCCUGAGCCGGGCGGGCGUUGCGGCGAGCGAGCACUGAGAUGCCGGGCCGCUGUGUGGGGCCCAGCAGGUCCGGGCGCGGAGCCCGGCGGCCCGGGGGGAGGAAAUGGACGGGGGCGUCCCGAGGCCAAGGGGGGAGGCGCCGGGCGAGGUCCUCGGGGUGGGGGACGCGCUGUGUGAGUGCAGGGAAGCCGCCGGGCUGUCGGCAGCCGCGGGGGGGAAGACGAGCGGCGGAGACCGCCGAGGGCCCCGGGGCGAGCGAGGCUUCGGGGACGCCGGGCACUGCAGGCUCCAUCGAGGCUGCGAAGGCCCCCGGGGCUGUGCUGGUGAACGGGGCGGCGGGGGAGCCCCAGCUGGUGGGGCCUGCGGGGUCGGUGUGGGUGACGGGCACCGGGGACGAGGAGCAGGCCGUGUGCAGGAGCCCGCGGGGCGGGGAGCGGAAAGGCCGCCCGGGGUCCAUGGGGCACGAGAGCAUCCUGGAGCUGUGGCUGAAGGUGCAGGCCAUGAGGGCAGCCUCAGGGGGUGGGGAAGGGAGCCGAGUCGAGCUCCACCCCGUCCCUGCAGGAGAAGGGCCGGUGGAACGGGGUGUGCCCGGCCGAGCUUCGUGGGUAGAGACCAGCCGCCGAGGUCUCACGGGGCCGUGGGUGGAAGGGCAGGUUAGGGCGGCGCCCCAGGCCGCAGGAGCACCUGCAGCUGCUGGCCCAGGGGCGGGAUGUGAGCGGCCCCCGGGCUGGCGGGGCCUGGGCCAGGCGGUGAGCUUGCCCCCUGAGGGUGUGCCUGGGGCUGUGGCCACAGGUUCUGGGAUUGCCCCCCUCCUGCUGGGGAGAGGGCCAGCUCCGGGGGUGCCUGGGACUGUGGAGGAGAUAGGCUACGAGGUUGCCCCAGGCCCGUGGGGAAGAGGACCGGUUAUGGGGGUGCCUGGGGCCGCGGGGUGGCCUGAGGCUGUGGAGGUACCCAGAGCUGUGGAGGGAGAGGUAGGCUGUGGGGGUGCCCCAGCUCUGGUGCAGGAGGCAGUCUAUGGGGACACCUUGUGGGGGAGGGGCCAGGCUGUGGAGGUACCCAGAGCUGCAGAGGAACCGCCCUCUGUGGGUGCCCCAGGCAUGUGGCAGAGGGGAGGAGCUCUGGAGGAGGUAGGCCCUGGGGGUGUCCCUGACCUGUGGGUCUCCAGGCAGCCUGUCGGGGUGCCUUGUGCUGUGGAAGAGGAAGCUAGAUGCGGCGGCGACCCAGGGCUCAGGGAGAUGGGACAGGCUGCGUGGGCAGAGACGGGCUCUGCCGGUGACCCAGGGCCAUGGGAAGUAGCCCAGACCACGGAGGUGUCUGGCCCCGAAGAGCAGGAGGCAGGCCCCGGGGGUGCGCCAGGCCUCUGGCGUGUAGGGCAGGCCAUGGGCGCGCCUCGGGCUUUGGGGCAGGAGGCAGGCGGAGGGAGUGUGCCGGGUCUGUGGGGACCAGCCCAGCCUGUGGGUGUGUCCCAGGCUGGGGUGGUACCAGGGGCCAUGGGAGAGCAGACAUGUUACGGUGGCAUCCCAGGCCUGUGGGCCAGGCAGCAGGCUCUUGGGGUGCCUCUGGCUGAGGCAGUGCCAGGGGUGGUCGGGGAGGAGACGUGCUGUGAGGAUGUCCCGAGUCUGUGGGAGAGGAGGCAGGCGGUGGGGGAGCAGGGGGCUCUGGUGCUGACAGCGUUAGGGGUCCCUGGGUCCGUGGACCAGGAGGCUGGCUACAGGGAUGUUGCAUGUCUGUGCAGGAGGAGACAGGCCAUGGGCGUGUCUGAGGCGGUGGGGAUGCCCGAGGCAUCAGGCAUGGCCAAGCACAGGUGCACCCCCGCGGGGGUCCCCGCAGCUGUGGGUGCGCCUGGCUCUGGGAGGGUGCCUGCCGCUGUGUGGGUGUCAGGCCCUGCAUGUCCGGACGUCAGCUCUAGAGGGGUCUUGAACCCAUGGGAAAGCGAUCUCAGUACCGGAACGCCCCCGGCUGCUGGGGUCCCUGUGGCUUCUGAGGAGCUGGUGGCUGUGAGAGAGAAUGUGGGGUCUGCGGCUUUCCCAAGGCUGUGGGGAAGGAGGCCGGUGCCCGGGCUUCCGGUGACUGACAAGGUUGCUGUAGUUCCCGAGGUACCUGGGCUUAUCGGGGAAGAGACUGGCUCUGGAGGUGUCCCCAGAUCUUGGGGAAGGAGGCAGAGUGCCAGGGUUCCUGUGGCCGUGGAGGUGCCCGCUGCUCCCAGGGUGCCUUGUCCUCUGGGGGUGGAGACCGGCUCUGGGGGCUUCUCACACUUGCCAGGGAGGAGACAGACUGCGGGGGUACCUGGGCCUGGAGAGGAGGAGACACUCUCUGGGGAUCUCUUGGGCUCAUCGGGAAGAAGACAGACGGCAGAGAUGCCCGUGGCUGCCAGAGUCGCCAUGGCCGUGGGAGUGCCCACAGCUGCUGGCGCUCCUGGGCUGGUGGUGGGUGACACCAGCGCUGGGGAUGUCGCUGGUGCGUGGGGAAGGAGACUGGCGACAGAGGGGCCCGCUGCUGCCCGGGCUUCGGGACCUGUGGGCAGGGAGACGGGCUCUGAAGGUGGGCCAGGCCUGUGGCGGAGACCCACUACGGUAGUCCCCGAGGCUGUGAGGGUACCUCUGUCUUUGGGGGUGCUUGCAGGUGUAGGAGUUCCCGUGGCGGGGCACGUGCCUGCUGCGGUGUGGGUGUCUGGGUCUACAGGAGAAGAAACCACUGCUGCUGGCUCAGGCCUCACCGUGGUGACGAGACGGUCUGCAAGGGGGCCGGGGGCUUCUGGGGCGGAGACAGGAGGUGGGAGUAUCCUGGGGCUGGCAGGGAGGAGCCAGGCAGCGGGGGUGUCAUACACCCAUGGGCGCGGGACCAGGUCCUGGAGCUGCCCAGGGUCUGUGGGGGAAGGAACCGACUGGGAGAAUGUGCCAGGAGUGUCAGGGACAGGAGCGACUGGGGGCGGGGAUGAAGCUGUGGCAGUGUCCGCAGUUUCAAGGGAGGAAAUGGGCAUUGGCCGUUUCAGAGAUCACCCACAGCGGAGAGGGAGCAGCCAGACUGGAGGAGUGUGUGGAAUGAGAGUGAGGGGGGACAAUUUGGGAGAAAAUUGUGUGGGGGAGGACAGAUGGAGGGGGGCAUUCCUGUAGUAAGAGUCGGGCA